UUUUGGCUUCUUUAAUUUGCAUUUCUAGCGUAUAAAAACCCCUCCUCAACUGCAGUGGAGCAUCAGACAGUCAUCAGCUUUCUAUCCCUAUACAACAUGAAGUUCCUCAUCGUUUUCGUCGCCCUCUUCGCCUUGGCCGUGGCCCGCCCCAACGAAGUCCAGACCGUGAAGCAGGAUUCCGAUGUGCAGCCCGACAAGUGGAGCUCCGUCCUGGAGACCAGCGAUGGCACCAGCAUCGACCAGCAGGGACGUCUUGAGGACGUUGGCACUGAGCACGAGGCCGCCGUUGUCCACGGAUCCUACUCCUGGGUGGAUGAGAAGACCGGCGAGAAGUUCACCGUGACCUACGUGGCCGAUGAGAACGGAUUCCAGCCCCAGGGCGCCCAUUUGCCCGUGGCCCCCCUUGCCUAAAUUAUUUAAAAGA